UUUGUCCAUCUCACAAGCAAUUCCCAAGACACUGGAAAAGAAUGGGAAGCUCCAUUUUUGGCCAUAAGCUUAUCCUUUCAUCUUUUUUUCUUUUCAUUUUCCUUUUGGGAGCCGUUCAUGGCCGCAGAAAGUGUUACAUUGUAUACUUGGGAGCUCAUUCUCACGGUCCCAGCCCUACGUCUCUUGACCUCCAAAUUGCUACGCAUUCUCAUCAUAAUUUACUAGCUUCAAUCUUCGCAAGCGAGGAGAAAGCGAAAGAGGCAAUUAUUUACUCAUACAACAGACACAUCAAUGGCUUUGCCGCGCUACUUGAGGAGGAAGAAGCUGCUGAUAUUGCACAAAACCCAAAUGUGGUGUCUGUGUUUUUGAGCAAAGAACAUAAAUUGCACACUACCAGGUCAUGGGAAUUUCUUGGACUACGCAGAAAUCGGAAGAACUCUGCAUGGCAAAAGGGAAGAUUUGGUGAAAAUACAAUAAUUGCUAACAUCGACACGGGUGUUUGGCCUGAAUCCCAAAGCUUCAGUGGAAAAGGAUUUGGUGACGUCCCAUCAAAAUGGCGCGGGGGUAAUGUUUGUCAAAUUAACAAACUUCGAGGUUCUCGGAGAAAUCCAUGCAACAGAAAGCUGAUUGGAGCAAGAUUCUUUAACAAAGCUUUUGAGGCAUAUCAUGGCCAACUUGAUCCGUUGCUACAUACAGCACGUGACUUUGUAGGGCAUGGUACCCAUACUCUAUCAACUGCUGCAGGCAACUUUGUUGAAGGGGCAAGUGUUUUUGCAGUUGGCAAUGGCACUGCAAAGGGGGGGUCCCCAAGGGCUCGAGUUGCAGCUUAUAAAGUGUGUUGGUCUCUAACAGACCCCGCCAGUUGUUAUGGUGCGGAUGUGUUGGCUGCUAUUGACCAAGCCAUAGAUGAUGGUGUUGAUAUAAUCAAUCUUUCGGCUGGUGGCAGUUAUGUUGUCACUCCUGAAGGAAUAUUCACGGAUGAGGUUUCCAUUGGGGCAUUCCAUGCAAUUGCUAGAAACAUACUUUUAGUUGCCUCUGCAGGGAAUGAUGGACCAACUCCAGGAUCUGUUGUCAAUGUGGCUCCUUGGGUCUUCACAAUUGCUGCUAGCACAAUAGACAGAGAUUUUAGUAGUACUUUAACCAUUGUUAAUGGUAACAAUAAUCAACAAAUCACGGGGGCGAGUCUUUUUGUGAAUUUGCCACCCAAUCAGGCCUUUUCUUUGAUCCUUUCCAUUGAUGCAAAACUUGCUAAUGCGACAUUUAAAGAUGCUCAACUUUGUAGGCCUGGAACACUUGAUCCCACAAAAGUAAAUGGCAAAAUAGUGUCAUGCACUCGUGAAGGAAAAAUAAAAUCAGUUGCCGAGGGUCAGGAAGCUCUAUCUGCGGGCGCCAGAGGAAUGGUUUUGGGCAAUCAAAAUCAAAAUGGGAGGACACUUCUUGCUGAGCCUCAUGUUCUCUCUACUGUGACCCGACUUGCAAUUUAUGCAAAUACAACGCCGAGUGCUUUUCACAGAACUGCCACGGACGACCCUAUAAGCUCAGGUGCAACAAUAAAAAUCUCUGGAGCAAGAACACUCCUUGGGAGAAGGCCAGCUCCAGUUAUGGCUUCAUUCUCAUCUAGAGGACCCAAUUUGAUUCAGCCAUCAAUACUCAAGCCAGAUGUAACUGCACCUGGUGUGAACAUACUAGCUGCAUAUUCACUAUUUGCAAGUGCAUCGAACUUGCUAACAGAUACUCGUCGUGGGUUUCCAUUCAAUGUAUUGCAAGGAACUUCUAUGUCUUCCCCUCAUGUCGCUGGCAUUGCCGGACUUCUCAAAACACUUCAUCCUAAUUGGAGUCCUGCUGCUAUUAAAUCUGCAAUUAUGACCACAGCAACCACACGGGAUAAUACAAACAGGCGAAUACAAGAUGCUUUUGCUAAAAAAAUGGCAACUCCCUUCGCUUAUGGUUCAGGGCAUGUUCAACCUGAGCUUGCAAUAGAUCCUGGGCUUGUCUACGAUCUAGACCUCAUUGAUUACUUGAACUUCUUAUGUGCUUCUGGAUACAACCAACAACUCGUUUCCUCACUCAAUUUCAAUAGGAGAUUCACUUGUUCAGGCUCUCACAAAGUAACAGACUUGAACUACCCUUCAAUCACAUUGCCAAAUCUUGGCUUAAAAGCUGUAACCAUUACCCGCACAGUCACCAAUGUUGGGUCGCCAAGCACAUACACCGCAAGUGCUCAAUUGCCUGGAUAUAACAUUGUCGUUGUUCCAAAUUCGUUGAGUUUCAAGAAAAUUGGUGAAAAGAAGACGUUUCAGGUUAUUGUGCAAGCAAGGAAUGUAACCAAACAAAGAGGCUAUCGAUUCGGAGAAUUGCAAUGGACAGAUGGAAAACAUAUAGUAAGGAGUCCUAUUACUGUUAGGCGCAAAUGAAAAAUUCUUUUGGAGUUGGUUGUCUUAUGAUCCUUGUCUUAUAAUUAGGUUUGUGUGGAUGCCUAAGUUUCACUUCAUAUUAAAUGUAAUUAGGUUUGACUUGUUUA